CUCCUCUCUGACAACCCAUUUAGGCCUCUUUUUAUUGCAUUGGAAGUUUUUUCUUCUUCUCUAGUAAACCCCACUUUAUUCUCUUCUCUGUGUCCACAUCACUAGUUCUUCGUGAGCCUGGGACAAGAACUACCACAAGUAUUGGGUCUGAUCACUCAGCAUUCCCAUGUCAUAUUUGGAGCCAUGACUCAGAUUUUUCAACUCAUUACAGAGGAAUCUCUGCAAGUCAGCUGGGUCAAGGAAGUACGUGAAUGGUAAGUGCGGCAAUGGAUAGAAGAGUAACAAACUUUAUAGAAGAUGCAGAGACACUAGGGGGGAUCCAGAUCAUCAUUGGAUGUAUGCACAUUGGUUUUGGAAUUAUUUUGGGUUUAAUGAAUGAUGUUCCCGGACAUGUUGGCGGUUUUGCCUCCACUGCUUCUACCGGCGGAUACCCAUACUGGGGUGGCAUCUCUUUCAUUGUUUGUGGGUCUCUCUCUAUAUCAGCAUCCAAGAAGUUUUCCCCUGCUCUGAUAAUAAGCAGCCUAGGAAUGAAUAUUGCUAGUGUUAUUUUUACUCUUGCUGGAAUGGUUCUACUGCUUCUGGAUAUGUCCAUCAAUGGUGAUUUUACCCAAGACUACUGGGCAGUGCUAUCUGGGAAAGGAAUCUCAGCCAUGCUUCUGAUCUGCUCCCUCUUGGAGUUCUGCAUAAGUUGUACCAUAAUCUCUGUUGCCACCAACUAAUCACCAAUACAAUCAGGUCUGUCCUGGUUAUUUCAGCUGAGAAUACAAACUGAGGAGUCAGCACCAAACUAUUUAUCCUUCAGCUCCUUCCAGAAAUGAAGGUCUCCCAGCUUAUACCCUUCGAAUUUAAAGAAAAAGAGGCAUCAGUCCAAUGUCAUGGGAUAAAACUACUCUGUAGAAACUACCAAAGAAGCUGGUUUAUACUGUCCAGGAUGAUCACUGAACUUUAAGGACUGAGAGUUGCUUUUAGAUUCGUCACUAAUGGUAACUGUAUCUCCCCGUCACAGUUUCUUCCUGCACACCACUACUGCACGCUGGCAAAAAUGAACAUCAAAGGGACUGGAAAUGACUCUGUAACUCUCUUAAAGUGACAGAUUUCCCUGUUCAUAUUACCGUUUCUUCAAUAAAAUACCAUUAG